CUCUGAUGACUCUUUUUGCGAAUUCUAACAGCCAAGGAGAGAUUCAUGGUGAGGAAUGAGGAGGAGGAUCGAAAUUUGUAUAAAAUUAGGGUUUGACGGAAAAGAUACUACUGAGGCCUCUCUCAAACCCUCGGCCUCGAGACACUACUCGUUGCAACGGAUCCUUUCAUCUCUCACCACCGGUGACCAGAUACGCACGUGCUAUGCGACGGUUGGUGAUAUCGAAUUAUCGGCCUCAAUUUUUGUAUUCCUUGCUUGGCCCUAUUAUGUCCCCCAUUCAGGAAUUCCCUAAAAAGCGGUAAGUCAACCGCGCUUAAUCCACUCCUUCGCUCUCCGCCUCUGUGUCGCUCUCCCUAGGGUUUCGAUCAAAAGCCUAGGGUUUUAUACUCCCUCCUCGUAUUCUCUUCCGUUUUCCGCCGAUUCUUAGAUCUAGGUUUCCUCCCUCCGGCAGCUUCCAUGGACGCACCCCCCUCCAGCGCAGUCAUCGUGAAGCGCUUGGCGUCCUGCAACAAGUCCAUCCGCGACCGCGCCGUCCGCGCCCUCACAGCGUGGCUUCCCCAGCAGCCCGAAGAUGCGGUCUCCGAGGGUGACCUCCUCAAGAUCUGGAAGGGCCUCUUCUACUGCGUCUGGCACUCCGACAAGCUCCCCGCUCAGGUCGACCUCAUCAACCGCCUCGCCUCCCUCCUCGACGCGCUGGCAGCCCCCCUCGCCGACCGCUACUUCGAGGCUUUCGUUCUCACCAUCCGCCGCGAAUGGGGUGGAAUCGACUUCCUCCGCCUCGACAAAUUCUACCUCUUGAACCGGCGGUUCCUCCGGCACCUCUUCCUCCUCCUCAAGAAGAACGAUUGGGAUCUCGAUCUCUCUGCGCGCCUGAUAGGGAUUCUGUUGGAAAAAUCGCUUCUUGCUGCCGAUAAGUACCCGGCCCAGGGCGUCAAUUACCACGUCGCCGAGAUCUUCUUGGAUGAGAUCAAGGAGUUCCUCCCACUCUGUGUGGAAACCCUAGACGUGCUGCUGAAGCCCUUCUUCUUUGUGCUGGAGAAGUCUCCAGAUAAGGUGUUGGUGAAUAAGAUCAAGGUGAAUGUCUUUGAUCGGUUGCUCCAGCAUGGUGCGAAGCUGUUAGAUAUUGAGAAGGCUGGAAACCAAGUGGAGUCGUGCAGUGACGUUGAGAAAUUUGGAAAGAUUCCUUUCGCAUGGAACUUUUCGAAAAAUUUCCUCGACUCUGCUUCUGCUUCUGAAACACUUCAAGGCAAUAGGAAAGCCCUGUUUGGUUUGCGUGAUGGUUUCCUCAAAUUGGAGAAGGAUUUAGAGAAAUCAGGGGUUCAUAUUUCUGUCCAGCACCGAGAAAAUGGGAAUUCAGUGAAGGUGCCCGAGCCAGUUGUCUCGGAGAAUUCUGAACCAUUUGAGUUGGAGAUGGGAAGUGGUGAUGGGGCUUCAGAUGAUCAGCCACCCAAGAAGAAGAAGAAGAAAUCAAAGAAAGCAUCGAGUGGCACCGAGAAGAAGAGCAAAUCCAAAAAGAAGAAAUCAUUGGAUUCAAAUACAGAAACCAACGAUGCUGAACCAAUCACCGACAUUAAUAAUGUGGUUAAUGGUGAAAAUGUGGUUAAUGGUGAUGCUACAGAAACCCAUGACGUGAUUAAUUUUGAUGAAUGUGUAAUCUCAAGUCUUCAGAAGCAGUUUGAGAAAGCUGCUGCUGAAGCUGGAAUGGCAAAUGAUAACGAAAGAUUAAGUGCUCUGCAAGCAUCACUAGUUACUAAUACCAUGCCUAAGAAGAGAAAAAGAGCGAAGAGUGCAGACAGGAAGACCACCACUAGUGGAAAUGAUGCUGAUGGAGGAAGCAUAGCAGGAAAGAGCAGAGAGAAGAGUGUUAAGAAGGUUAGGUUUUCAAUGAAGAACAACUUGGUCUGGAAGCCACACAACCCUUUGCCUCCUCAGAGCUUGAGAUUGCCACCAUCUGCUACUCCAAGAGGUAGUGCACUAAAACAAGGUAUUCCUCCUGGUCCUAUCAAAGAGACCCCUCCGAAAGUUAAAAAGAUCAAGGUGAAGACCGACUCUGUGAAGAAAAUCAGGAAGCGCUCUGCUGUUUCUUCAGCAGUAAAGCACCUCCUGAAGCUACAAAGUCUUUCCACAUAGAUUGGUGGAAAUGCAAUGGUCACAUUUGUCAUGUUUUACAGUUUGGAUUUCUUCAUUGCUAUUUUUUUUUGAUACUUGGUAGUUUAGCUUUACAGUUUGUUUAGCUUGCUGGUUCAUUUUAUCCAUUUGGGUUCAUGUACUGGAUGAAUGUUAUUUCAAGAAUUGUCAUUAGAUCUGUUACAUGAUGCACUCUGUGACAUUAUCUUGUACCAUUAACAUGAUUUUGUGCUGGACUCAGUGGCAAAUUAAUAUGUUUUAAUGAUUUUAACUAUAUUAGCAG